CUGCGCCGUGAGGCCGCGCGCCGGCGGGGCGGCCGCUCCCGGCACAGCGCGCGGCGUCCCCUCAGCCGCCCCGGCCGCCCGGUGCUGUGGCUGCUCCUUCCUCCUUUCCUCCCCUCCGCCUUCUUCCUCUUCCUCCCCUUCAGGAGCCGGCCGCGGGCGAGGAGAAGUGGCUGCCGCGGCCGGCAUGUGAAGCGGGGCAACCCCCUCGCCGCCGCUCGCCUCCGGUUCCUCCCCGGUUCUUCCCGGGGCUCCGCUCGCCAUGAAGAAGUUUUCCCGCAUGCCCAAGUCCGAGGGGAGCGGCGGCGGCGGCGGGACGGCGUGCGGAGGCUCGGGGAGCGGCGUGGCCCUGGGCAGGGCGCUGGCGGUGGGGCGGUACCAGGUGACCCCCGAGGAGCCGCUUGCCGAGGGCGGCUUCUCCACGGUGUUCCUGGUGCGCACCCCCAGCGGGACGCGUUGUGCGCUGAAGAGAAUGUGUGUGAAUAACGUGCCAGACCUCAACGUCUGCAGGAGAGAAAUCACCAUUAUGAAAGAGUUAUCCGGGCACAAGAACAUUGUGAGCUAUUUGGACUGUGCUGUCAACUCACUAAGUGAUAACGUGUGGGAGGUGCUCAUCCUCAUGGAGUACUGUCGAGCCGGGCAAGUUGUGAACCAGAUGAACCAGCGUCUGCAGACAGGCUUCACUGAGUCAGAAGUCAUGAGAAUAUUUUGUGACACCUGUGAAGCUGUUGCCCGGUUACAUCAGUGCAAAACACCUAUAGUUCACCGGGAUCUGAAGGUGGAGAAUUUAUUGUUAAAUGAUAACGGGAACUACGUUCUCUGUGAUUUUGGCAGUGCCACUAACAAAUACCUGAACCCUCAAAAAGAUGGUGUUAAUAUGGUUGAAGAAGAAAUUAAAAAGUACACUACACUAUCAUACAGAGCUCCUGAGAUGAUCAAUCUGUAUGGAGGAAAGCCAAUUACUACCAAGGCAGAUAUCUGGGCCCUGGGCUGCUUGCUGUAUAAGCUGUGCUUCUUCUCGCUGCCCUUUGGAGAAAGCCAGGUUGCCAUUUGCGACGGAAGCUUUACUAUCCCGGACGGCUCGCGGUACUCGCACAGCAUUCACUGCUUGAUCAGAUAUAUGCUUGAACCAGAUCAAGAGCAGAGACCUGAUAUCUUUCAAGUAUCUUACUUUGCCUUUAAAAUUGCCAAAAAGGAGUGUCCAGUGUCUAAUAUUAAUAAUUCUCCUGUCCCUUCAAGUCUUCCUGAACCCAUGACAGCUAGUGAGGCAGCUGCUAGAAAAAGCCAAAUAAAAGCAAGAAUAACAGAUGCUGUUGGACCAACAGAAACUUCAAUUGCACCACGACAAAGACCAAAGGCCAAUUCGAGCACCGCCCCUACCAGUGUGCUGACGAUCCAGAGCUCAGCAACUCCUGUCAAAGUACAAGUUCCUGGGGAAUUUGCUAAUCGUGGGCAAAAAGGAACCACGCGACCAGGGACUGGACAAGACAUCUCACAGUCCCAAGGGACCACCCCACAGCAACACAGGGUCCUCCAGCAGCUGCAGCAGGGAGAUUGGAGACUGCAGCAGCUGCACCACUUGCAGCACCAGCCUGCCAUGCAGGAAGCUUAUAUCCAGCAGUAUCACCAAGCAGUGCACCAGCAGAUGGUCCAGCAGCAGCUGUUGCUGCAAUCUGUGUACCAGCAGCAGCCUGCCCAGUCCCAUUAUCCUGCCAUGAUGCAGCAGUACCAGCAGGCUCUCCUGCAGCAGCAGGUGCUGGCUCAGCAGCGGGCACAGCAGGUGCAGUCCCCUGAAUAUAUCACUUCUCCUCAAGACUUUGCACCAGCCUUAAUCUCCUACCCCAGGUCACUCCCAGUGCGUGGUGGAACAGCAGCAGAUCCUCCCUACCCUACAAACAGGUCAGGUAUUCCUGAUGCUGAAGCGAUUGCCAGUUACCCAAAGCAGAACAUCAGUAACCCACCUGAUAUGUCAGGUUGGAACCCGUUUGGAGAGGACAAUUUUUCCAAGUUGACAGAGGAGGAGCUGCUGGACAGAGAGUUUGACCUGCUAAGAUCAAACAGGCUGGUGGACAGGAGAACAUCUUCAGAUAAGAAUGUGGAGCCACAUGCUGCUCCACAGACAAGUCCUCCUGAAGAUCCCUUUGGUUCAGUUCCUUUCAUUUCUCAGCAAGGUUCCCCAGGAAAACAAGUGGAUAACUCAGCCAGCAAUCAAGGGAAUAAUUUAGGGACCCCAACAAAGGCUGGAAAACUGAGCCAUGUAUUUAGAGAUCCCCGGGCAGGGAGGAAAAGUGCAGAGGGACACGUGACAAAAGGUGGUGAGGAGUCAGAGAGCGAUUUUGAAUCUGAUCCUCCUUCUCCCAAGAGCAGUGAGGAAGAAGAAGAACAGGACGAUGAAGAAGUCUUGCAUGGAGAGAACGGGGACUUCAAUGAUGACAAUGAUACAGAACCGGAGAAUUUAGGCCACCGACCUCUCCUCAUGGAUUCUGAGGAAGAGGUGGAAGAAGACGAGGAAGAAAAGCAGAGCUCUGAUUCUGAUUGUGACCGAACUAAGCAAAAGAGUGUGGAAGGGCUCCCGAGCGCUCGGUUCAGAGACGGUGUGGGCAGCAGUGAGAUCACAGAGAGCGGUUCAGUGCCCAUGUCCCCACCUGAGGUGCCAAGCACUCUGAUCAACUCUGGCCAAGAAUUUGACGUGUUUGGAGCUGUGCCCUUUUUCACUCUGCAGCCUCAGGCGAGAGAGAAGAUGGACAAAGAUCUUUCUUCUCAGGUGGCUUUUCCCAGCCUAAGCCAAGAGCAGGAUGACUUUGAUGUUUUCAUAAAAGCUCCUUUCAGCAAAAAGGUGCCCCAGCAAGAUGGGCAGGGGUCAGGGAUGGAGCCUCUGCUCUCCCCCACCUCUCCACGAAGCGUGGAUAUCUUUGGUUGCACUCCAUUUCAGCCGUCCCUUCUCCCCAAGUCUGCUGGGAGUAGAGAGGAUGUGUUUGGGCUGGUUCCGUUUGAGGAGAUCACAGGCAGCCAGCAGCAGCAGAAGGUGAAGCAGCAGCGGAGCCUGCAGAAACUGUCUUCCCGCCAGAGGCGCAUGAAGCAGGAGGUGUCCAAGAGCAACGGGAAGCGCCAUCACGGCACCCCCACCGGCAGCAAGAAGGGGCUGAAACCCAGCUACCGCACCCCAGAGCGCGCCCGCCGGCACAGGAGGGCCGGCCGCAGGGACUCGCAGAGUAGCAACGAGUUCCUCACCAUCUCGGACUCCAAGGAGAACAUCAGCGUGGCCCUGACGGACGGCAAGGACCGGGCCAGCGCUCUGCAGGCGGAGGAGGCGCUGCUGGACCCUUUUGGAGCCAAGCCCUUCCACCCGCCCGAGCUGGUGCGCCACGCGCAGCACCAGGGCUUCGGGGACAGCCGCGGGGAGCACGGCGCGGUGGUGCUGGCCGGCAGGCCCAGGCAGAGCUCCUUGCUGGGCGCCGGCCACGGCGGGGACGGGCUGAAAACAGACGACUUCGGUGCGGUGCCCUUCACAGAGCUGGUCGUGCAGAGCACACAGAGCCAGCCGCAGCAGGCGCUGGAGCUGGAUCCCUUCGGAGCAGCUCCCUUCCCUUCUAAACAGUAGAGGCUUCCCAUGGCUUCCCCCCACUCCACCUCUCCAAGGCCCUUAAUAAAGGUUUAGUGGAGUAAUUUAUGUGGCUGAAAUGCCAGGGGCCUGGGUUGUACAGCUUGCUCAGGUUGAGGAGGCAGCGGCCUGCCUGCAUGAUGGAAUUGCAUAUAAUGGCAAAUUCUGAUCUGGGUCUUUUUGAGAAAAAGAGAAAGAAAUCAGGAGUGUUGUUUCCUUAUGGCAGAUGGCUCCCAGAAUGAAACGAGGAAUUGAAUAUGAAUCCCUGUUGCUGACUUGGGGCCCUGGGACAUACUGUCAUUGAGCACUUUGGUGUUGCCUUUCCAUCCCUCCGCCAUGUGUCCCGGUGCAGCGGAAGACGCAGGGAGCACGUGGAAAAUGUUUUCCAUAUGUACAAGGGGCUGAUGAACUGCUGUGCUUCUUGUCUCAGCAGACCUAAGAACCAAGACAUGCUGAUAUCCAGGUGAUGGAAAUAGCUAAGUCUUUGCUUCCUAGGUGAAAACUACCUUUAUUAAUCAUAAAAAUAAGGCAGCCACAUCCUCAAGGGGCUGUGGCCCAGAAUUCCAGAGCACAGUUAUGGCUUGGGAUCUUGCAGACAUCUAUGCAGGUGCAGAGAUGAAAGGCAGAUUAUUUUUUGUGUGUCUCAGUUUUUAAUAUUUUUUUUUAAUAGUAAGUGCCAUUAAUUAAAAGUAGCAAACUGGAAAUGUAGAGUCAAACUGAAGAAGCAGAUAAUUUACUGAUCUGUGAGAAGCCUGAAUGUGUAGGGGAGUGAGCCAGCAGGGUCGUGGCUGGGAUUGCAGCACUUGGGAGACUCCUCAGCACACUGGAAGAGGGGCUGUCCUUGAGCCUUGUCCUAUGGAGUGUUUCAGAUGACUUGUGGAGUUGACUGUGAGGUACAACCAUUGGAUUGAUUUGAAUUACAAACUGGGAUUUGUGUCUGUUUUCCUCUUGGAUUUUUAUUUCAAAGAAAAUGUGUAUUCUCUCAAACCUGUUGUUUUUCACCUCAACAGUUUUGUGAAAUGACUGUAACCUAAUGCUCUUUCAAGGUUUGCUGAAUGCACUGAGCUUUGGAGAUGCUUCCCGCCCUGGCUGUGUUCCAGCAGGAGCUGCUGGCUGCCAGACCACUGAGCUGCAUUUCACCCCACGGGGACAUGGAAGGAGGUGGCUCUUCGGCUUGUCUCACCUCUCUGUCCUUCUCCCCUGGAGGCUGAGGAGUAGGUAGCUGGGUGUUUGCACAUGGAGGACAGCACUGUUUGUGUUUGGCUUCACAGGUGAAGUGAAAUAUUCAGGGUUGUGAGCUCUUUUCCCCUGAUGCAUCCUGCUGGAUAUACAGGAGAUCUCUAGCGGGGGUUUGGUCUCUUACAAUAUUUACUGAAAACACAUGGAAAACAAAUCGCGUGGCACCUUUGGGAUUGGUUUGAUAAAAUGCCCCCUAGGAUGUAUGUGAGAUGGCUUCCCUUAGCCCUGGAAUCUGAAUGUAGCCCAUAGUGAUGGUGUGCAGACAGCUACCUUUAUCUUCCUCACUUUGAUUUCUCACAGGGUGUAAGUGGAAUAUUCCAGCUGUGCCUGCUUCAGUGUACCUUUUCUAGGCUUAGAAUUUAUAGUUUUAGGAGAUUGAGUAGAAAUGUUUCAACACAAGACUUUGCAGGCUUUAUUACUGCUCUUCUCACUUGUUUGGUGCCAAAGGCGGCAAGAAGCACAUGCCAAUUUUUGUAGCAUUUCUGACACUCAGGUUAAUGGUCUUCUUCCGUUUUUUCUCUGUGCAUGCUUGUGAGCUGCCUUUCUCAAUGUCCUUCAGAGCUGUUACCUGCCUGAAGUGCUCUUGGAACAGAGUGAGGUGACAAAUGGGGCAGUGGGGUGGACACAAAAUGAGAUUAAAACUGUGGUCCUAAAUGUGGCUGGUCCUCACCUAAGGCACGCUGUUGCUGCCUUCCCAAUGGGAAAGGCAUGGGAAGGGUUAAUGAUGCACAUGGUGCUGGGGCUUGGCUCCAGGCCGGGGAGGAGAGGUGGGGGCUGGGACCUGCAGGGAGGAGGCUGGGCAUCGGCACAGCCAGUGUGGCAGAAGGGAUCAGGUGAGUUAGGGAUGGGAAAUGUGCUCACGUGCUGUUGGUGUACCCUAGGACCCCAGGCUGAGGAGAGCUGCAGGGGGCUUGGCAGAGGGCCUGUGUGCAGUGACACUGCAGCACAGCAAAGCUGAAGGGAGAGAUCAGACCCCUGGGACUCCAGAGCUGGCACAGGUUAUUGCCCACGGUAUCUGCCUCCUAAUGGCCUUAACAAACCUGGUUCUUCAUACUCGAGACAUCAAUCAGGCUUUUGCUUAAAUGUAACUUUUGUUUCUUUAGUUCUUUUAUCCUUUCCCACAGUCCACGUGAGAUUGGUGCACCCCGCUACGCUGACUCUGCCUGGUGUUUGUAGUUUAUGCACAACUGAACCCCAGUUUGGGGUUAUUUUAAGCCACUCUCCACUAUUCAAAGAAGGUGAAAUGUGGGACUGUCAGGGAAUGAGAUAUCCUUUGCCUUAUUUCAGGAUGCCUGGGGUGCCAUGUGACCUUCCUUGGAAUCAGGAAAGCCCUUGCUGCAGUAGACAUGUACGUGCUGCCUGUGGUAGUGAGAGGGCAAGGUGAGGGGUUGACACUUCCCUUCUAAACUGAAAUCCCAGUGGAUUUCUAUAGCUUCUACAGGAUGCUGAGGGACUGAAGCACAGGCCUCCUAGGAUCAGCUGCUGGAGAGAACGUCUGUCCCAAGGUACUAAGAAGCCCUUAGUGGUUGAGGUCAUGGAAAGGAAAACCAGAUAGUUGUGUUUGUCUGCAGACUCAGAGGGUCCUGAAGUGUGUAAUUAAUGUAAUUAAUGCUUUGGCUGCCCUGUGUGUGGCGGGGGGCUCUGUGAGCACCAGCGCUGGAGGAAAAAGCUUAUAAUCAUUCUGGGUGUCCCAGUUAGUAAAACCAACUACUGUGAAAAUGAGUUGAUAUAUUUGCUACUGUGAGAGUAAGAGUUUAUCUGGAGUUUUUUAUACUAUAUCGUGUAUUUUUAUAUAUAAGAAGUAUAUAUAAAAUAUACACAUGCUCACACACAUCACGUACCCCUUGGAGUUGCUGUGGUUUUAGUAACGCAGCAGCCACAAUCAUGUUUGUGAUUGGAGUGAAUAUGGGUUAAGCACCAAGGGUGGCUGCUGUGUUACUGCUCCACUGUGCUUAUUUUGAAAGGAAAUCAAAGAGGUUGUGUAUAUGGCUAAAGUUGUGACUGAGGCAUAACCUAGAAUUAAAGAGCAUAUAACUAUUUUAAAAUUGCUGGCAUUCAGCUUUUAAGUGCACUUGCCUGAACUACACUUCCAUUUCUUGUUAGACUUGGAGUUUCUAAAGCUUUUUUGUGUACUACUAAAGCGAGAACUUUUAACUUUUUUGUGAACCUGAUGUAUAUCAUAAAAUCCUUGGAGUUGUUAAAUAAACAAACUUGGUAACAGUG